AUGAUGAAUAGUCAGUUGAACACAGAUGAACAGUUCACAGAGAUGUGCAACGAAAAUUUACAGAGACCAAAUAUCUACAAUGAGUACUUACCAUGUCAGACAACGAUUAAACAACAAGCAAGUCGAUCGUUCGAACAAAUUCGAGAAAAUCUAUCGCGAACCAUUCAAUUAGGCGAAUUUCAACCGGGCUUCAAAUUAUGGUCGUCUAAAUUGAGAGAAUUCCUUUCGCUAUAUGGGCACUCGUUUACGAAAAUCGAUCAUAUCAAGUUAGUUCAAUUCUAUGUAUCUAUUAUUUCCAUCACCAACUUGAAUUGUGCCGAUGCAAUGGUCUGUUUCGAAGUGCUCAACGAUCUGUUGCAAAAGACUCGACUGAUCGAUCGCAAUGAUCUAACUAUUAACUGGCGUACAUUAUGUCGAUGGGCUGAAUUCAUUAUUUCCUGUCACGAUAGUACUUAUGCACUUGUUACUUUGCCAAAAAAUUUCGAACUGCAAAUGUUUCUAUGCGUACGUAAUUGUUCUCCUUACUUUUCUGAGAAAGCUACUCAAGAAAUUCUCGAUGAAAUUCGCCCACAAAUAUGUCAUAUCGAUAGUUCAUCGAUGCAUGAUGCCGUAAAAAUACUUGAAAGUUUUCUACCAGUCAACUUACCGCCAUCUUUACAUAGUCAAGGAUUUCAAUUAUGGUUAUCUGAGCUUUUCGAUAUUUGGCAAAGUGUCUAUAAUAAUACACCCUGGGAAAUACGUUUAAUUCAACUGUUUGCACGUGUUGCUUGGCAUAAUAUUGGUUAUAUUGACUGGGAACCAUGGCUAGCAAAGAUUUUUACACGUUUUCUCCGAGGUUUUUCACUUCCAAUUGGUACAAUGGCAUUGCUGACGACCAAAAAUAGUCAUUGUGUACCGGAUGUCUCCCGAUGGGUAAUAGCCAUGAUUGGCAAUGGCAGUUCCUGUCUUCAAUAUUUACGAGACUUAUUCAUUGCUAUAAAAAGUUUCUAUUAUCCGUCAAAUACAGGAGUAUUCCAAAAGCGACUGGUCGACUUUGUUUUAAAUCUUGCUCGAUAUUUUGUUGAACGAAUUCAUCUAGAAAAGAAACAAUCUCCCGUUUGGUUCUUUGCGUUGCAUGAAUCUUAUCAACUUACCGAACAGGAUGUCACAAAUUUCGUUGAUUGUGUCAAAGAAUAUGCAUUCAUGUCUAUAUUUAAUAAGGAUUAUGCAAGCGAAGCUGCUGAAGCUUGUCAAUAUUUAGCCAUGCUUCGACCAGAAUCAAUUGUGAAACCUAUUGUUGAUAAGCUCUUCUUAUCCAUUGACAAUUUGACAGAAGCACAUCGUUUUACAUCACUUAUGCACUGUCUCAAACGUAUAACUCGUUCAUUAGUACGGCAAACAUCGUCCUAUUCUCAAGGGCAAAUAUAUAUUUUGCCAUUACUCACAGUCAUAUUACCUGGUAUUGAUUUGAAUGAUUUUGAAAAGACAAAUGUGACAUUGGAAGUUUUUGAUGCAAUUUUCAUGUUAAUCUCAUGUGUCGAUUGUUCGUCGGCAGUAAACAUUCGAAAUGAUCUUACUGAGAUUGAAAAAGAAGUUUGUCUAUCAACAGCAAAAUUUGAAGAAUUUAUAGAGAAAUUUCUUGAUCGAAUAUUUCAAAUGAUAAAUAUAUUAUCAACAGAUUUGUCGGAUACUCUGAUGAAUAACGAAGAUCGUGCAGAUCAUGGUAAUUUGGGUUUGAAACUGGCAUCAAUCAUGACCAGUAUCAUUCGACAGUGUAGCUACAACAUUUCUCAAAUGGUUAUGAAGAAAGUAACAAAUUUUAUUAGCGGUUCAAUAUUCUUGCCGUCAGUAAGACUUGUCGUCGGUAGGCUCAUUCGACCGAUUGUCAAGUGGUAUCCAGUUGACAUAUUGAAAUGUCUGCUGCCACAAACAUGUGAAUCAAUCAAAAACAUCUUGAAUAAAACCGAUAUAUCUCAAAUCAAUAAUCUAAAUGGUGAUCUAGAACUAAAUUGGUAUUUAAUUCUUUUCGCUGAACUAGUUCAAGCACGUGGUGAUACUCUACUUAUUUACCAAGAAAAUAUCAAAUCUGUAUUUCAUCGAUGUAUUCGUAUUCUUCACAAAGAUUCUUAUCAAGCCACUGCUUCUGCAAUCAAAAGUUUGCUUCUAUCACUUUUGAAUAUUUAUUCAAUCGGUCGUUGGCUAACAAGAGAAAAUGAAGAUGAUUCAUUCGCUAAUUUCCUGCCUAUUCGAGCAUGGGGACAGAAUGUUGAUUUCGAUCGAAUUCAAGUUCAAUAUCAUAUUCCUAGCGAUGAAGAAAUUGAUUUCGCUUGUGAUUUUGUCAAUACAUUUAUCUAUCCGGAAUUGACAUUGUUGAAAGAGAACUUUGAAAACAUAUCAAUAGAUGAGCGACGAAGAUCGCUCGUAAUCAUUCAUAGUAUAGUUUCUGGAUGUUUUCGUAUCGUACCACGUAUGGAAAGCAAAGAAAUACAAGAUCUCACAUUGACACUGGUUCCGUAUAAACUAGAAUCUCACAGUUUAUAUUCAGCCUAUUGCAAACAAUCAAAUUCAAAGUUCCGAGAGAAUAUUCGAAUGCGUCUUCUUCUCGACAUGGGCGAAUUACUCGAUAUGUUAAUUGAAAAUCAAUCGGGUGAUGUCGUAUCAAUAAAAUAUGCUCUUAACAUCUACGCAUUAUCAUCCCGGUACUACGGUACAUCUUCGUACGAUAUUUCUCAAAUGCGUACAAAUGUUCAAUCAACGAGAAAAUUAUUUCGAAACGAAAUCAUCGGCGAACGAGAUAAUCCAAGUUGUUUAGUGAUGAAUCAAAUUGAAAUACAAAUCGAAGCAUUUGAAUCGAAUAAUUAUCGAACACUAACAGAAAUCGAUAAACAAAUCGAACUAAAAUUAUUCGAUUUAUCAAUUAAUCGUUAUAGUGAAGUGCGUCGCUAUGCUCAAUCAGAACUCUUCUAUUUUUUCUUUCUUUAUUAUUAUUCAUGGGAAAUCAUUGUCGAUCGUGUUGCUGACCUACUCAAUUCAUCGAAAGAUACCGAUGAUAAUGAAAUCAAAGGUUGUUUGCAUAUACUAAAUGGCGAUAGUAGUUUCUUCUUAUUAACAAAGAAUUCAUGGACAAUUAUGAAAAAAUUAUGGCCAUCGAUUGUUCGACGAAGUCCUAUGAAAAAACUCAGCGUACAACGAUUGAUUCAAGAUAUCAAGAAAAAAAUCGAAACGCAAUUCGUUACAAUAGCACUCGUUGAUGAAAUCAAUCAGGCAGCGGUACAAGCAGCAAGUACUCUAUGGCGUCCAUUGGAAUCAAAUGAAAUACAAAUUGGAGAUGUGCCGAUACCAUCUGCAUGUAUUGAUACUUGCCUUGGUUUUCUCAUACAUGAUAAUAUCGAAUUACGAAAACAUGCUGUCAAGGCUAUUGCAGCAUUUUGUCGUUUACAAAAGCUGCCUCUUACUUAUGUUGAAAAAUCGCUUGACGAAAUUUUUCAUGGUACUGAUCGAUCGACGACAACAAGCAUUCAAAGUCGAUCUCAACCAGGCAAUCGCGAUGAUAAUUUAUGGCUAACAUAUAAUGAUUAUAAAGCACCUGAAACGCAAACUGAAUGGGAACAAAUUUGUUUCUUAGAUAAAAUUUUCCAUGGUUAUUAUCAAUGGCCGAAGACAAUCAAAUAUGCGCUAAAUAAACGCGAGCGUUACACUAGCGGUAAAAUUCCGGCACAUGUAUCGAUUAUUUUGGAUCGUUUUCUUGACAAAGAUUUCGUUACGAAAUUAAGUAAAUGUAUUAUAUUUGAUGAGGGCAAUAUUAACUUCGAUAAAAUUCGAUUUUUGAUGUACAAGGGUCUCUUUCGAAAUUUUGGUCUAGCAUUCGUUGACAAUUUUAUCGAACAAGUUUACAUACUCGUACGCGAACAGACACGAGAAAAAUAUGAAGGUAGUCAUCGAGCAGCAGCCGAAAUAGUAGCUGGUAUGAUACGUGGUUCGAAAUAUUGGACAUUGACAAUGUUAGAAGAACUUUGGCAGAAACUUACACCCCUACUCACUGAAGUAACCAACAAUCUUAACAAUGAAACAUACUUUCACUGGGGUUCUUGUUUUCGAUACUGUUUGAACGAUACAGAUCCUCGCCGAAUGUUUCAACCAAUUAAUUUCAUUAGUACAUUGAUCAAUUGUGAAACAGUUGGUAAUACGUUCAAUGAAGCAUCUCGUUGGUAUCUUGUUCAAAGCCUUGGAGUUUUGCAGUGGCGUAUUCCAUCAAUUUGGUAUUUAAUUUAUGAACGAGCUGAAGAACUACUCGAUCAUCCAUCGAAGUUGAUGCGAGAACGCAUUGCUACUAUAUUGUCAAUAUCAUUCGGAUUUGAUCGUACAUUUUUCAAUGGGAAAUCAGUACGUCAUCCGAAUAUUCAUCAAUUUAUGAAUAUGAUGCGUGAAAAAUUACGCCAAGCUAUUGAAAUCUAUGAAACAAAACCCUUGUUCAAUCAUUCUGGCUCAAAUGUUGAACUUGAUUUUGAAGCUCGUCAAGCGUUGAAUUUGAUUGAAACAGUGGUCGAAUUUCAUUUAAAUUUGUUCGAUCGAUGUAACGAACCAAUUAAGGAGAUCAUUGUUCAACUCUUUCCCUAUCUCUGCGAAAUUGAAAGUAUUGGUACCAAUGAUGAUACGUUUAGAAAACGUCUUACAUUCGCUCGUACACGUAUCGGAAUGGCCUAUUUAGAUGUAAACCUAUUGGAAACACUUAUUCAACAAUUAGAAUACGUUUGCACAACUAGAAAAUGGCAUGCACGUCGAUCGGCUAUUGAGUUCGUUCAAAAUUUAGUCUUCUGUAAUUUAUUCAAUGUACGUUGUUAUGCAAAACGAUUGCAUCAACUUGUGUACAAAUGUUUAUGCGAUGAACAACUAGAAGUACGACUAAUUGUGUCAAAGACUCUAUCUGGUUUCUAUCAAUGUGGAUACUUAACAGUAACUGAAGAUGAUUUGAAACAUUUUCUCGAGAUGAGCAAUACCAAUUAUUUUACAGAAAUCGACGGCAAAAAAGUGAUAUCGACGAAAGAUAUUGUCAGACGACAUAGUGGUAUUUUGGGUCUUUGUGCCAUUGCGCUUGCAAGUCCCUACGAUAUUUCCAGUCAUGUUCCAGAAGUAUUAAUGGUUCUCUGUAAACAUUCGCAUGAUCCUGAAUUAAUUCAAAAAUCGAUCAAGGAAUGUUUCUCUGAAUUUCGUCGUACACAUUAUGAUUCUUGGCAUGAACAUCGAGCCAAGUUUACUGAUGAUCAACUUGAAAUGUUAGGUGAUGUGCUUGUUUCACAUAGUUAUUAUACUUAA